GAGGGAUCGUGGUGGGGCUGGGCCCUUGGCUGCGGAGACAGCAACAGCCUCGGCGGGGACGCGGGGCGCGAGCGAGUGGCGCGGGGCAGUCGAGGACGGCCGGGGUCCGGGUGCGUAGCUCCGCGGGCUCAGGUGGGCGAUCCCGCGGGGGCGAAAGGGGCACCUCGAGACUCGGGAAGUCGGCAGGGCCAGGGUCGCGCGGGGCCCGCGGGCGCAGGUGGCGAGAGCCGGGCGCGCAAGUGGAGGCGCGGCGCCAGCCAGCGGUGGUCGGGGUGACCCGGGCGCGGGCCGGGAUCGGGGAGCGGUGCGAGCCCGGGUGCGUCGGAGAGCUCAGCGCCGGGCCCCGCCGAGGCAGCAAGGCGCAGGCCCGAGGGGCGCACGAGUGGCCCCCGGGGACUGGCGCCCCGGCCUGGGCAUGAGGCGCGGCGGGGCCGGCUGGAGCCGGAGGAGGAGCCGCCGCCGCCGUUGACCCGGCCGGCCGGGAGCAGGGAGAGAUGCAGAGCCGGGCAGCCCGCGCCCCCCUUCCAACGCUACUGCCGCCGCCGCCGCCGCCGCCGCUGCUGCUGCUGUUGCUGCUGCUGCUGCUACUGCCGCCACUGCUGGGAGACCAAGUGGGGCCCUGUCGUUCCCUGGGGCCCGGGGGACGUGGCUCCUCAGGGGCCUGCGCCCCCGUAGGCUGGCUCUGUCCAGCCUCAGCCUCCAACCUCUGGCUCUACACCAGCCGCUGCAGGGAUGCAGGGACGGAGCUGACUGGCCACCUGGUGCCCCACCACGACGGUCUGAGGGUCUGGUGUCCAGAAUCCGGAGCCCACAUCCCCCUGCCGCCAGCGCCUGAAGGCUGCCCAUGGAGCUGUCGUCUCCUGGGCAUUGGAGGCCACGUUUCCCCCCAGGGCAAGCUCACCCUGCCCCAGGAACACCCGUGCUUAAAGGCCCCACGGCUGAGAUGCCAGUCCUGCAAGCUGGUGCAGACCCCGGGGCUCAGGACAGGGGAAAGGUCAGUAGAAGAGUCCAUGGGUGGGCGUCGGAAAAGGAAUGUGAAUACAGCCCCCCAGUUCCAGCCCCCCAGCUACCAGGCCACAGUGCCUGAGAACCAGCCAGCUGGUACCCCUGUGGCAUCCCUGCGGGCCAUUGACCCAGAUGAGGGUGAGGCAGGCCGGCUUGAGUACACCAUGGAUGCCCUCUUUGAUAGCCGCUCCAAACAUUUCUUUUCUCUGGACCCGAUCACGGGGGCUGUAACUACAGCCGAGGAGCUAGAUCGUGAGACCAAGAGCACCCAUGUCUUCAGGGUCACGGCACAGGAUCAUGGCAUGCCCCGACGCAGUGCCCUGGCCACACUUACCAUCUUGGUGACUGACACCAAUGAUCAUGACCCUGUUUUUGAGCAGCAGGAGUACAAGGAGAGCCUCAGGGAGAACCUGGAGGUUGGCUAUGAGGUGCUCACGGUCAGAGCCACAGAUGGUGACGCACCUCCCAAUGCCAAUAUUCUGUACCGCCUACUGGAGGGCCCCGGUGGCAGCCCCUCUGAAGUCUUUGAGAUUGACCCUCGCUCUGGGGUGAUUCGAACUCGUGGCCCUGUGGAUAGGGAAGAAGUAGAAUCCUACCAAUUGACAGUGGAGGCAAGUGACCAGGGUCGGGACCCCGGUCCACGGAGUGCCACAGCUGCUGUGUUCCUAUCUGUGGAGGAUGACAAUGACAAUGCCCCUCAGUUCAGUGAGAAGCGCUACGUGGUCCAGGUGCGUGAGGAUGUGACCCCAGGGGCCCCGGUACUCCGGGUCACAGCCUCAGAUCGAGACAAGGGCAGUAAUGCCUUGGUGCAUUACAGCAUCAUGAGUGGCAACGCUCGGGGACAGUUUUACCUGGAUGCCCAGACUGGAGCUCUGGAUGUGGUGAGCCCUCUUGACUAUGAGACAACCAAGGAGUAUACCCUACGGGUUAGAGCACAGGAUGGUGGCCGCCCCCCGCUCUCCAACGUCUCUGGCCUGGUGACGGUGCAAGUCCUGGAUAUUAAUGACAAUGCCCCCAUCUUUGUUAGCACCCCUUUCCAGGCUACUGUGCUGGAGAGUGUCCCUUUAGGCUACCUGGUCCUCCAUGUCCAGGCCAUUGACGCUGACGCUGGUGACAAUGCCCGCCUGGAAUACCGCCUGGCUGGGGUUGGGCAUGACUUUCCCUUUGCCAUCAACAAUGGCACAGGCUGGAUCUCUGUGGCAGCUGAGCUGGACCGGGAAGAGGUUGAUUUCUAUAGCUUUGGGGUAGAAGCCCGAGACCAUGGCACCCCAGUGCUCACUGCCUCAGCUAGUGUCAGUGUGACCAUCCUGGAUGUCAACGACAACAACCCCACCUUUACCCAACCAGAGUACACGGUGAGACUCAAUGAGGAUGCAGCUGUGGGCACCAGUGUGGUGACAGUGUCGGCUGUGGACCGUGAUGCCCACAGCGUCAUCACCUACCAGAUCACCAGUGGCAACACUCGUAACCGCUUUUCCAUCACCAGCCAGAGUGGUGGUGGGCUGGUGUCGCUCGCGCUGCCAUUGGACUACAAACUUGAGCGGCAAUACGUGCUAGCUGUCACUGCCUCUGACGGCACACGGCAGGACACGGCACAGGUGGUAGUGAACGUCACUGAUGCCAACACCCACCGUCCCGUCUUUCAGAGCUCCCACUAUACGGUGAAUGUUAAUGAGGACCGGCCAGCAGGCACCACGGUGGUGCUGAUCAGUGCCACGGACGAGGACACAGGUGAGAAUGCCCGCAUCACCUACUUUAUGGAGGACAGCAUCCCUCAGUUCCGCAUUGAUGCAGAUACAGGGGCUGUCACCACCCAGGCUGAGCUGGACUACGAGGAUCAAGUGUCCUAUACCCUGGCCAUCACCGCCCGGGACAAUGGCAUUCCCCAGAAGUCUGACACAACUUACCUGGAGAUACUGGUGAAUGAUGUGAAUGACAAUGCCCCUCAGUUCCUUCGUGACUCCUACCAGGGCAGCAUCUAUGAGGAUGUGCCCCCCUUCACCAGUGUGCUGCAGAUCUCGGCCACUGACCGUGACUCUGGCCUUAAUGGCAGGGUCUUCUACACCUUCCAAGGGGGUGAUGAUGGAGAUGGUGACUUUAUCGUAGAGUCUACAUCAGGCAUCGUGAGAACGCUUCGGAGGCUGGAUCGUGAGAAUGUGGCCCAGUACAUUUUGCGGGCAUAUGCAGUGGACAAGGGGAUGCCUCCCGCCCGCACGCCUAUGGAAGUGACGGUCACUGUGUUGGAUGUGAACGACAAUCCACCCGUCUUUGAGCAGGACGAGUUUGACGUGUUUGUGGAAGAGAACAGCCCCAUCGGGUUGGCCGUGGCCCGGGUCACAGCCACUGACCCUGACGAAGGCACCAAUGCCCAGAUCAUGUACCAGAUAGUGGAGGGCAACAUCCCUGAGGUCUUCCAACUGGACAUCUUCUCUGGGGAGUUGACCGCUCUGGUGGAUUUGGACUAUGAAGACCGGCCUGAAUACAUCCUGGUCAUCCAGGCCACGUCGGCUCCCCUGGUGAGCCGGGCUACUGUCCACGUCCGCCUGCUUGACCGCAACGACAACCCACCAGUGCUGGGCAACUUUGAGAUCCUUUUCAACAACUAUGUCACCAACCGCUCAAGCAGUUUCCCUGGGGGUGCCAUCGGUCGUGUGCCUGCCCAUGACCCUGACAUCUCAGACAGCCUGACUUACAGCUUUGAGCGGGGGAAUGAACUCAGCCUCGUCCUGCUCAAUGCCUCCACAGGCGAACUGAGGCUGAGCCGGGCAUUGGACAACAAUCGGCCUCUGGAGGCCAUCAUGAGCGUGCUAGUGUCAGACGGCGUGCACAGUGUUACUGCCCAGUGCGCACUGCGUGUCACCAUCAUCACGGACGAAAUGCUCACGCACAGCAUCACACUGCGCCUGGAGGACAUGUCGCCAGAGCGCUUCCUGUCCCCCCUACUGGGUCUCUUCAUCCAGGCGGUGGCCGCCACGCUGGCCACACCCCCAGACCACGUGGUGGUCUUCAACGUGCAGCGGGACACCGACGCCCCCGGUGGCCACAUCCUCAAUGUGAGCCUGUCGGUGGGCCAGCCGCCUGGGCCGGGGGGCGGGCCGCCCUUCCUGCCCUCCGAGGACCUGCAGGAACGUCUGUACCUGAACCGCAGUCUGCUCACGGCCAUCUCGGCGCAGCGCGUGCUGCCCUUCGACGACAACAUCUGCCUGCGCGAGCCCUGCGAGAAUUACAUGCGCUGCGUGUCGGUGCUGCGCUUUGACUCCUCCGCGCCCUUCAUCGCCUCCUCCUCGGUGCUCUUCCGGCCCAUCCACCCCGUUGGGGGGCUGCGCUGCCGCUGCCCACCCGGCUUCACGGGCGACUACUGCGAGACCGAGGUGGACCUCUGCUACUCGCGGCCCUGCGGCCCCCAUGGGCGCUGCCGCAGCCGAGAGGGCGGCUACACCUGCCUCUGUCGCGACGGCUACACGGGUGAGCACUGCGAGGUGAGUGCCCGCUCAGGCCGUUGCACCCCAGGUGUCUGCAAGAACGGAGGCACCUGCGUGAACCUGCUGGUGGGUGGCUUCAAGUGCGACUGCCCAUCUGGAGACUUCGAGAAGCCCUACUGCCAGGUGACCACGCGCAGCUUCCCCGCCCGCUCCUUCAUCACCUUCCGUGGCCUGCGCCAGCGCUUCCACUUCACCCUGGCCCUCUCGUUUGCCACCAAGGAGCGCGAUGGGCUGCUGUUAUACAACGGACGUUUUAACGAGAAGCAUGACUUUGUGGCCCUCGAGGUGAUCCAGGAGCAGGUCCAGCUCACCUUCUCUGCAGGGGAGUCAACCACCACUGUGUCUCCAUUCGUGCCCGGAGGGGUCAGUGACGGACAGUGGCACACAGUCCAGCUGAAGUACUACAACAAGCCACUGUUAGGUCAGACAGGGCUCCCGCAGGGUCCAUCUGAACAGAAGGUGGCUGUGGUGACCGUGGAUGGCUGUGACACAGGAGUGGCCCUGCGUUUUGGAGCUGUCCUGGGCAACUACUCCUGUGCUGCCCAGGGUACCCAGGGUGGCAGCAAAAAGUCUCUGGAUCUGACAGGGCCCCUGCUGCUGGGUGGGGUACCUGACCUGCCCGAGAGCUUCCCUGUCCGCACGCGGCACUUUGUGGGCUGCAUGAGGAACCUGCAAGUGGACAGCCGGCACGUAGACAUGGCUGACUUCAUCGCCAACAACGGCACCGUGCCUGGCUGCCCUGCCAAGAAGAACGUGUGUGACAGCAAUAGUUGCAACAAUGGGGGCACCUGUGUGAACCAGUGGGACGCGUUCAGCUGCGAGUGCCCUCUGGGCUUCGGGGGCAAGAGCUGUGCCCAGGAAAUGGCCAACCCGCAGCGCUUCCUGGGCAGCAGCCUGGUGGCCUGGCACGGCCUCUCGCUGCCCAUCUCCCAGCCCUGGCACCUCAGCCUCAUGUUCCGCACACGCCAGGCCAACGGUGUCCUGCUGCAGGCUGUCACCAGGGGGCGCAGCACUAUCACCCUGCAGCUGAGGGAAGGCCAUGUGGUGCUGAGUGUGGAGGGCACAGGGCUCCAGGCCUCGUCUCUCCAGCUGGAGCCAGGCCGGGCCAAUGACGGCGACUGGCAUCGUGCACAGCUGGCGCUGGGAGCCAGUGGGGGCCCUGGCCAUGCCAUCCUGUCCCUUGACUACGGGCAGCAGCGGGCAGAGGGCAACCUGGGCCCCCGGCUGCAUGGGCUGCACCUGAGCAACAUUACAGUUGGGGGAGUGCCUGGGCCAGCCGGUGGGGUGGCCCGCGGCUUCCGGGGCUGUCUGCAGGGUGUGAGGGUAAGCGAGAUGCCCGAGGGGGUUAGCAGUCUGGAUCCUGGCCGUGGGGAAGGCAUCAAUGUGGAGCCAGGCUGUAGCCUGCCGGACCCCUGUGACUCGAAUCCGUGUCCUGCCAACAGUUAUUGCAGUGAUGACUGGGACAGCUAUUCCUGUAGCUGUGAUCCAGGUUACUAUGGCGACAACUGUACUAACGUGUGUGACCUGAACCCAUGUGAGCAUCAGUCUGUGUGUAUCCGAAAGCCCAGUGCCCCCCACGGCUACACCUGCGAGUGUCCCCCAAAUUACCUUGGGCCAUAUUGUGAAACCAGGAUUGACCAGCCUUGCCCCCGAGGCUGGUGGGGACACCCCACGUGCGGCCCGUGCAACUGUGAUGUCAGCAAAGGCUUCGACCCAGACUGCAACAAGACAAGCGGCGAGUGCCACUGCAAGGAGAACCACUACCGGCCCCCUGGCAGCCCCACUUGCCUCCUCUGUGACUGCUACCCCACGGGCUCUUUGUCCCGCGUCUGUGACCCCGAGGACGGCCAGUGUCCAUGCAAGCCAGGCGUCAUUGGGCGCCAGUGUGACCGCUGUGACAACCCUUUUGCUGAGGUCACCACCAAUGGCUGUGAAGUGAAUUACGACAGCUGCCCACGGGCCAUCGAGGCUGGGAUCUGGUGGCCCCGUACCCGUUUCGGACUGCCGGCUGCUGCUCCCUGCCCCAAAGGCUCCUUUGGGACUGCCGUGCGCCACUGUGAUGAACACAGGGGGUGGCUCCCCCCAAACCUUUUCAACUGCACAUCAGUCACCUUCUCAGAGCUGAAAGGCUUUGCUGAGCGGCUACAGCGGAAUGAAUCAGGUCUGGACUCGGGACGCUCCCAGCGGCUGGCUCUGCUUCUGCGCAAUGCCACACAGCACACGGCUGGCUACUUUGGCAGUGAUGUCAAGGUGGCCUACCAGCUGGCCACACGGCUGCUGGCCCAUGAGAGUGCCCAGCGGGGCUUUGGGCUGUCUGCCACGCAGGAUGUGCACUUCACCGAGAAUCUGCUGCGGGUGGGCAGCGCCCUCCUGGACGCGGCCAACAAGCGUCACUGGGAGCUGAUCCAGCAGACGGAGGGUGGCACGGCCUGGCUGCUUCAGCACUACGAGGCCUAUGCCAGUGCCCUGGCUCAGAACAUGCGGCACACCUACCUGAGCCCCUUCACUAUCGUCACGCCCAACAUCGUCAUCUCUGUAGUUCGCCUGGACAAGGGGAACUUCGCUGGGGCCAAGCUGCCUCGCUAUGAGGCGCUGCGGGGGGAGCGGCCCCCUGACCUGGAGACGACGGUCAUUCUGCCUGAUUCUGUCUUCAGAGAAACACCCACCGUGGUCAGGCCCGCGGGCCCUGGAGAGACCCAGGAGCCAGAGGAGCUGGCUCGGCGUCAGCGGCGGCACCCAGAGCUGAGCCAGGGUGAGGCUGUGGCCAGCGUCAUCAUCUACCGCACCCUGGCCGGGCUGCUGCCCCAUAACUAUGACCCGGACAAGCGCAGCCUGAGAGUCCCCAAACGCCCUGUCAUCAACACGCCGGUGGUGAGUAUCAGCGUCCAUGACGAUGAGGAACUUCUGCCCCGUGCCCUGGACAAGCCAGUCACGGUGCAGUUCCGGCUGCUGGAGACGGAGGAGCGCACCAAGCCCAUCUGUGUCUUCUGGAACCAUUCCAUCCUAGUCAGUGGCACAGGUGGCUGGUCAGCCCGAGGCUGCGAGGUUGUCUUCCGCAACGAGAGCCACGUCAGCUGCCAGUGCAACCACAUGACAAGCUUCGCCGUGCUCAUGGAUGUGUCCCGGCGAGAGAAUGGAGAGAUCCUGCCGCUGAAGACACUGACAUAUGUGGCCCUAGGGGUCACCUUGGCUGCCCUACUGCUUGCCUUCCUCUUCCUCACUAUCCUGCGUGCCCUACGCUCCAACCAGCAUGGCAUCCGACGGAACCUGACUGCUGCUCUGGGCCUGGCCCAGCUGGUCUUCCUCCUAGGAAUCAACCAGGCUGACCUCCCUUUUGCUUGCACAGUCAUCGCCAUCCUGCUGCAUUUCCUGUACCUCUGCACCUUCUCCUGGGCCUUGCUGGAGGCCUUGCACCUGUACCGGGCACUCACUGAGGUGCGCGACGUCAACGCUGGCCCCAUGCGCUUCUACUAUAUGCUGGGCUGGGGUGUGCCUGCCUUCAUCACAGGUCUAGCCGUGGGCCUCGACCCUGAGGGCUAUGGGAACCCUGACUUCUGCUGGCUCUCCAUCUAUGAUACGCUCAUCUGGAGUUUUGCUGGCCCUGUGGCCUUUGCUGUUUCGAUGAGUGUCUUCCUGUACAUCCUGGCAGCCCGCGCCUCCUGUGCUGCCCAGCGGCAGGGCUUUGAGAAGAAAGGCCCUGUCUCAGGCCUGCGGCCUUCCUUCGCUGUUCUCCUGCUGCUGAGCGCCACGUGGCUGCUGGCGUUGCUCUCUGUCAACAGUGACACCCUCCUCUUCCACUACCUCUUUGCUGCCUGCAAUUGCAUCCAGGGCCCCUUCAUCUUCCUCUCCUACGUGGUGCUUAGCAAGGAGGUCCGGAAAGCACUCAAGUUUGCCUGCAGCCGCAAGCCGAGCCCUGACCCUGCGCUGACCACCAAGUCCACCCUGACCUCGUCCUACAACUGCCCCAGCCCCUAUGCAGAUGGGCGGCUCUACCAGCCGUACGGAGACUCAGCAGGCUCUCUACACAGUGCCAGCCGCUCGGGCAAGAGUCAACCCAGCUACAUCCCCUUCUUGCUGAGGGAAGAGUCCACACUGAACCCUGGCCAAGGGCCCCCUGGCCUUGGGGACCCAGGUAGCCUAUUCCUGGAAGGUCAAGACCAGCAGCAUGAUCCUGACACAGACUCUGACAGUGACCUGUCCCUGGAAGAUGAUCAGAGUGGCUCUUAUGCCUCUACUCACUCAUCAGACAGUGAGGAGGAGGAAGAGGAGGAGGAGGAGGAGGCCGCCUUCCCUGGAGAGCCAGGCUGGGACAGCCUGCUGGGGCCUGGCGCUGAGAGACUGCCCUUGCACAGUACCCCCAAGGAUGGGGGCCCAGGGUCCGGGAAGGCUCCCUGGCCAGGAGACUUUGGGACCACAGCAAAGGAGAGUAGUGGCAAUGGGGCCUCUGAGGAGCAUCCUUGGGAGAAUGGAGAUGCCCUGCCUCGGGAGGGGUCCCUGGGCCCCCUUCCAGGCCCUUCUGCCCAACCUCACAAAGGCAUCCUCAAGAAGAAGUAUCUGCCCACCAUCAGUGAGAAGAGCAGCCUCCUACGGCUGCCCCUGGAGCAGGGCACAGGGUCUUCUCGGGGCUCCUCAGCCAGCGAAGGCAGCCGGGGCGGGCCCCCUCCCCGCCCUCCACCCCGGCAGAGUCUCCAGGAGCAGCUGAACGGGGUCAUGCCCAUCGCCAUGAGUAUCAAGGCGGGCACAGUGGACGAGGACUCGUCGGGCUCCGAAUUUCUCUUCUUUAACUUCCUGCAUUAACCCUGGGCCGGUGGUUCCUACACCCUGAGGCUCCCUUACCUUCCCCAGCUGCACUCAUGCCCCCACUCCUGUCUUGUGCUCUAUCCUGCCCUUGCUCCCCACCGCCUGCCCGCAGCAGCGACGAAACAUCCAUCUGAGGAGCCUGGGCCUUGCCGGGAGGGGCGCCCACCCCACCCAAGGCCAUCUAGUGCCAACUCCCUCCCCCACCAUCCCCUUCACUGCACUUUGGACCCCUGGGGCCAACAUCUCCAAGACAAAGUUUUUCAGAAAAGAGGAAAAAAGAAUUUAAAAAAGGAUCUCCACUCUUCAUGACUUCAGGGAUUAAUUUUUUUUAUAUGCUGGAAACUGACUCCCCUUUCCCUUCCCAAAGAGGAUAGGACCUCCCAGGAUACUUCCCAGCCUCUCCUCAGUUUCCCAUCUGCUGUGCCUCUGGGAGGAGAGGGACUUUUGGGGGGCCUGCCCCUCAUUUGCCAUCACCAAAAGGAAAGGACAAAGCCACAUGCACCCAAGGGCAUCAAGCCCUGCAGGCUGCACCCCGGCAGGCCUCAGUAUGGUGAGGGCAUCAAGGUGGAGGGCACUCCUCACUCUGCCUGUGCUGCCCCUCCCAGGAACUGGAAAAAGCCCUGUCUGGCGAGGGGGCAGAAGGACUCCACGCCCCCAGACCCCCAAAUGCUGCAUGAACACAUUUUGAGGGGAACCCGUGCCCCUGGGCGGCGGCCGGGCCACCCCAGCCCCUCUUCUCUCCCUGGACUCUGGCCACGCGCUGCAGUCCAGGCGUUUGCUCAGUUCGCUGACCCAAAAGUGCUUCAUUUCCCUGCCUGACCCGCAUGGGGAAGGCCAGUCGUGUGUUAAGUUGCGCUUCUUUGCUGUGGUGUGGGUGGGACGGGGAGGAAGAGUAAAUCCAGGGCUGGCUCAGUCGCCCCCCAGACGUCUCAAGCACAGGUCUCAAGCCUGGGUUCUGGUGUCCACUCACCUACCCACCCGAGAUCAGACAAAUCCCACUUUGUCUGACCUGCUGUGGCCUCUGAGACAUGUUCUAUUUUUAACCCCUUCUUGGAAUUGGCUCUCUUCUUCAAAGGACCGGGUCCUGUUCCUCUUUCUCUCCCUGUCCCAUGCCCACCCCCAGCUCCCUGCGAAGAGAGAGUUAAUAUAUAUUUUAUUUAUUUGCUUUUUGUGUUGGGAUGAGUUCGUGUCCGGUCCCAGGGGGUCUGAUGUGGCUGUGACAGGUUGGGUGUGUACCCAGCAAUCCUGGCGUGGGGGCCUGAGGCCCUUCCCCUGCUCCAGGCUGUCAUCUCCUGCCUCCUCUCCUCCGGCCUCCUCAGUUUUGCCAACUGCAAUUCAUUUGAGUUACUGUUUAUGCUAAGCAUGUACUCCUGACUUGUCACUGACUUUCCUCUGGAGCAGGUGGCUAGAAAAAGAGGCUAUGGGUGGGGGAAAAAAAUGUUCCUGUUCUCACUUGUAAGGCUGGUUUUUGGCUUUUCUGCCAUGAAUUCUCCCCCUGACCUCUCCCCUCAGCAAUUCCUGCAAAGGGUUAAAAAUUUAACUGGUUUUUAACUACUGAUGACUUAAACAACACAAAGAUGCUGGAUGCUAACUUGAUACUAACCAUCAGAUUGUACAGUUUGAUUGUUACUGUAAAUACAGUAGGGUUUUGUGUUUGUUUUUUUCAUUUCCCCAUACUACUGAAUAAACUAUAGCUCUGUGCGGGUUGAGCACUGUCA